AUGCCGGGGGCGCUGCCGCUGGUGGUGGCGCUCUCCGCCCUGCUGGCCUUGGCCUUGGUCAGCUGGGGGCCGCCGGGCUCCUCCGAGCCGCCCGCGGGCUUGCUGCGGGAACUGGAGCGGCGGCGGCGGGAUCUGAGCCGCUUGGCCGCUGUCAUCCAGGCGGGCGCUUCUGCCUCUGCGCCUCCGGGGCGCGCCUUGGGUUGCGCGGACUUGGCGGGCGCUUGGGGCGUGAGCGUGGUGGGCUCCGGCAUCACCAAGGUGGUGGUGAGAGCCGCGCUGCCGCCCGCCGGCCGGGAAGUCGCCCUCAAGUCCGUGCACGGGGCUGGCCGCGACGUGACCCGCUGCGUGCAGCGCUACGGCCACUCGGGGGGGUGCCGCCGGCUGGCCGCUUACAAACUGCUCAAGGAGACGGCGCUCCUCCGGGGCCUGCAGCAUCCCGGCGUCAUCGAGUUGCGAGGCCAAUGCUAUGAUAGUAGUGCCGAUCCGGAAAUGAAGAUCACCACGAUCCUGGAGCUGGGAACACCCCUGGAGAUGAUUGAGCUUCUGCAGACCCCCUGGGAAAAGAGAUUUAAAAUCUGUCUGGAUCUGGUGGAAUUGCUCUCCUACUUGGCAAAUUCUCCCCUGGGUUCCAUCACCCUCCUGGAUUUCCAGCCUAGGCAGUUUGUGAUCGUGGAUGGGGUCCUGAAGGUGACUGACCUGGAUGAUGUAAGCACUGAGGAACUUCCAUGUCAGACGGAUGGGGACUGCAUGUUAGAAUUCCCCACGAAAAACUUCUCUCUUAAAUGUACUGCUCAUGGGAAGUGCAAAGGGAUCAACGAGAGAAGAAAUCUCUUCAAUGCCUACAGGUAUUUUUUCACUUAUCUCUUACCACACACGGCACCUUCUGUUUUACAGCCCAUUCUCAAGGAUAUCCUGAAUGCCACAGGUGAUUUACGAUAUGGAGCAAAUGAAACGCUGAGAGCUUUUCAGAAAGUUUUGCAUUUGUACAAGUCUGGACUUUACCUGCAGAGGAAGCCUUCCCAUUUAAAAGAAUAUAUUGCCUUAAAAGGAUUCCAUAGUGGGACUGCAGAGGACUACAAGUGCUGGCCCUCUUACAGCCACUCAGGGUGUGUGCUGUCGGUUCACAACGCAGAAGAAGCUGCAGACAUUUGCAGCUCCCAUUCUCAGUGUCAACAUUUUAUCAUCACGCCACAGAAGACAUGGACAGGGCGUCCACUCGCAUUGUUUCAGAGCAGUUCAGCUGACUUAAUCCCAGGCAGUAACACAGUGGUUUACAUUAAACGAUCCGCACUCUCCAAAGGGAACCUUCUAACCAGAAGCCCAAAAGAGUACAGAGACACUGGAGAAGAAAUACUCACCAGGACUAAUUUUAAUCCCAAGGAGAUGACAUGUUUUAUUUCUGCUUAA